CGUUGCUCGAGCGUUUUACCGCCAUUGUUACCUAAAGGCUGCGGAACAAAGGAAGAAGCAGAUAGUGUUUUUGACAGAGAAAGACGUCGUAUGAGCAUGGAGAACUCCUUUGACGGUUCUUGCUCAUCACAUGAUGACGUUUACCUUGCCUCUGAUGUCGGCGACCUUUUCCCAGAAAUAACCGGUGUCGCCAAGCAAGUUGGUGGUGAGAACACCCUUCAGAAUGUGCAUUCAAUGACUGACCAGAAGACCAAGGUUAUUCAAGUCAAAAUGAGCGCUAGUGAAGAGAGAGAAUUUUUGAAGUACCUAAGCGGCGAACAAACAGAUGAAAAUGGCCAGGCUUCUUUACUCAAACUUGUUAUAAGUGACAAGGAGAGACAACCUGAUUCUUCUACCAGCCCAGUCCAGUAUCACACAGUUAAUAGCAUUAUGCCUGGCAAUGCUAAUUCAAACCAGGGUAGCUUAAUUAAAGUCCCUGUCAACCAAAACCCACUACCCCCGCAGAGGCUCUGUGCAUCAAAGAAUGCUAUUGCUGCCAGAGAAAAUAGACAAAAGAGAAAGAAGUAUGUUGAGGGAUUACAAGAUGAAAAUCAGCAACUAAAAAGCCAGAAUGAAACAUUGAUGAAUCAAGUGGAAAGUUUAAUGUCCACUGUAAAGACAUUGAGUUCUGAAGUACAGUAUCUACAAAGUGUCAUCGCCAAUCAAAGUGCUCUGUCAGGUUUGCUGAAAAACAUCCACAACACCCCUGGGGUACGAUUUGGAACAUCCUUGGAACAACUGCCUAAUGAAGAAAGUCCAGUGCCAGCUCCGGCCCGAAAGGAGAGUAAGGAGAACAACAAAACCGCAUCUCCACAACAGUUGACCCGCGCAACAAGAGCCAAUAAGAGACAGAAGAUGGAUAACAAUUCAGAGAGUCAGGGGAGGGAAGAAACCAUUCCCAGUUCCAGCAUCGGCAACAAUAACAACAAUGAGCAGGAUCCAGCAGGAGUUUGUUUACAUGUAUCUAAGGGUCACGUGUCUUUGGAAUUCUGUGCAACAUGUAGUGAAAAUUCUGUAGGAGCGAGGAAGAGAAAAUGUGACAAAGACGACAUCAUAGUGGUGGAUUCUUGACUGAUUUAGUCAGAGUAGAAGGCUAAGUAUGGCGACUAAAAUGUCAGUAUUGUUUAUAUGUUUCUAAAAUGAUUGACAGACUCAAAAAAAAAAAAAAAAAGAAAGCAAAAAAGAAAAAAAAAAGAAACGGUUAUACUGAAGUUAUAAGUACCCUUGCCUUGUGUAGUGUGUAUCAUUUCUCACAUUGCCCGCCCUAGUUAGGAAUUAAUAGGCUGGUGUGGAAUGGGGGAGGGGUGACCUUCAAAGAUGAUAUUGAUGAUUAAUGUGAGAUUUGGUAUAUUACUUUCACAGGCUUUUUCUAUUUUUGUACAUUCACCCUGGUUUGGGGAGAAACAGAACCAGAACUGAACAAUUUCAUGUUUACUUUACAGCUGGAAAAUGUCUGCUAAGAACUUCAAAUGAUGUAAGGAGGAACACAUUAUGGUGUAGUAUAACCAUGGUCAAUGGUCCGUAUCAUUUCUGUGUUUAUAUUGAUUUAUUUUGUGAGGUCAUUUUUCUUUGGUUUAAGGGUUUACAGUCUUGGUCUAUUUCGACUCUGAAUGGCUUUAAAUUGACAAGUAUUGAUGGCUGUGGUAUGCACCUAGUCACAAUAGAAAAUUAUAAGCCCUUAAAGAAAGCAAAGUGGCACAAUUGUUUUAAAAUAUUGAAAUAAUGAAAGCGUUUAUGACACCAAAGAUGAUAUGGUUGUAGAUUUUAAUUGUGGAACAUUUUUGACAGGCAGAUAGUUAAAAAAAACACUUUGCAAUUCACCACAUAACACUGACAUGACCACAUCUCAAAUUUUAUUUCACAAUUCACACAAAUCUCAUACAAAAGAAUAUCAACUUCAGGACUCCUUUGUGGCCUCUGUUAAGUUUGAAUUGAUAUUUAAACAAUUCAACAUCAUUGGCUGCUGGGAGUUGCCAGUAGUGAGCUCUGACUUAACAAAAAAAAAA